AAUCAGUGUACCGGAUAUGGGACAAAGAUAUUUGGACAUCAAAGUUUCAGAAACAUUAACUAAAGUUUUUAUUACAGGACACUUCAGGACAUUAGAUUUCUUUUUCUUAUAGUGUAUCUUUUAGAUGUAUUUCAGAAGUGAACAUGGCUGAGGAUCUUCCCAUUGUGGGUGUGUGCAUUGUUGCUGAACCAGGAAAAUGCCCACCUAACCACAUACUGAUUGAUAGAACUUACAAUGGUUCAGAAGAAGCCGAUUUGUGGAAGGACGGUCUGUUUGGUAGACGAGUCACUCGCUACCUGUGUCUUGAGAAAGCUGUGCCGGCAGAGAACCAGGAUGUUCUAGUGGAUGUGGCCCUAACCAAUGAAAAGGAUCCUGUUCCUGCUGGUUUCACCGUGGUAGAAUACACACACGACACAAAUGAGAAAGCCAUAAGGAAACGUUGCCUGUGUAUUCGAUGGAUGAACCCGUCUAUGACAAAUAGUGCUAUCACUGAUCUCGUCUUCACGCCAAAAGGAACACGGCGACCUCCAUCAGGCUACACACUAGUUGGAGAAAUGAACCACUUGUCUUUGUGUUACAAGAUGGGCAAGCUGCCACAGCUAAAAAUAGUACAAGAUGGAUCGGCAGCAAACCUUCCAUACCCCAUGUCGGGCAGUGCAGUCAUUAACAUGACAAAUGUGGGCUCAUCCUUACCGUAUUCGAUAAACCCAGCGUCGCAGGCUGUGAGAGGUAUUGGCGAUGCCCAACCAGCCACCGGUGUUUAUAAACCUCAGCAGACUGUCAACAAUUUGUCCGCUCCAGGAACAAAUGCCCUGUCUGGAAUUCCUUGGGAGUUCAAUGCUAAAUUUCACAACCUUUCCAAACUGCAGAAUAUAUCUAUUCCUGUUAUAAAAUACAAGACAAUUAUGGAUAUUGAAAAUGAGUACAACUAUGAUUUCCACAUAGAGAGAUCUGUAAAACAGGCAGGGAGGCUGCCAGAAGGAACAUGACACUGACCAAACCGGACACCAGCUCGUCGGCAUAAUUUAGUGGCCGUUUACAGUUAUCAACAUUUUUAUUAACACACAAACCAGGCCAGAGGGGCAUAAUACUGUACACUGUACACUUAUAAAACAAACAUGAAAAAAAAAAAAUUGAAAUAAUUUUCCAUACAAGAUCAACAUUGUUAGUGUAUACUUUUAGAAAGAAAAUGGGUUAUCAAAAGAUUAUGGCCUAUUCGCUUGUGAAAAUGUUGAUAAUUGUAAACAAGUGCUCAAUGAUAUGAAUUGUAACAGAAAGCCGAAGUGAACAAAUCUAAUGGCAGUGUACUAAUACAGUAAUAUUACGUAAAUGUGAGCUUUUCAUUAUGUUGGAUUUCUUGCUUGAGGUUUUGUACAUGUAUAUAUAUAUUGCUUCAGGAGUAUCAGGACAGUUGUUUGCUUUCAGCAUUUACUCUCUCUUAGCUUGAUGCAUCUGCAUUACACACACCAUUCUCUUAUUGAGAAGAAGAACAAGCAAUUGAUAUUCCUUUAUGGUUUUUAGUUUCCAUGCCAUUCUGCAGUGUUGUGUAUCUGUGCAUUGCUUAAACCCAUUCUUUCAUUCACAAGUGUUUGUAAAAGCGGGGCCUAUCUAUGUUCAUGCUAUAUCUGUCUAUUCCUACACAAAGACGAAGGACUGAAUUACAAAGCAUGAUCACAUCACGAUUAUUUUAGAAGGAAGGAAUGUUUUUAUUUAAUGACACCUAAGCACAUUUUAAUUAUGGUUAUAUGGCUGAGCACCACAUGGAUAAUAAGAGAAGAAACCCACUUCCACUACUCAAUGAGCAAGGGAGUCUUUUUAUAUGCAGCAUCCCAGACAGGAUAGUACAUAACAUAGCCUUUGUUACACCAGUUGUGGAGCUAUCUUUGAUUCUUUGUGAUUAAGUAUUUCUUUAGCCAAGUAAGAAAUAUGUCACAUGUGAAAAUGAAAUGCUGCCAUUCACCAAUAGUAAACAUUGAUACCAAUUUAUCUUAAUAUUUUAUCUUUAUUGAUCUCUCUGUUGCUGUUAUAAUCUUUUGUUAGGUGCAAGUUUGCAAGCUUUAGCUGCUAGUUUAAGACAUAUAAUCAAAACAGAGUAACUGUUUUCAUCACAGGUUUUUAAAUUUUAGUUUUCUGUUAUUUUAUUUCAUGUUUUAACACUUUACUACAGAGUUCUUUCUUUCAGAAUGUCAUUCUGUUUUGUUAUUUAGUCAGUAAUGCAAAUUAUAUGGUUAAAAUUAAUAAAGAAACUAAUAUAUUUGUCCAUUUUAAAAACAUUUGUUUUUUACUUAUUAAUCACGAAUUGUUUUGAGGUAAAAGUUAGGACAAUAUGACAUUGAAUUCAUGCCUUACAUGUAUAUAGAGUUUAUUAUACAAGCUUUUGGGUCUUACAAGAGCUAGGGUAAUACAUGGAUCCUGAUACAAGUUUCAUAAAAUCAAGACAAGUCACACGCGAGUAAUAAUUUCUUUAUUAUCCACAUUAUCCAUAAUAUUAUUUUUAUGAAUAACAAGGACCGUUUCAAAUGUAAAUUUGAGAAAUAAAGUCGUUUUGGUAAACGAUUACACAGCUAGGACUGGGGAAGCCGCAUUAUGUUAUGAUGUUUCCACUGAAAUUACUCAAUUCGUUGUGCCCAUGAAAUGAUUAUGACACACGUGUGUUAUACUGGAUAUAUUUCCCUGUGUAUCUUGAACUAUGUAGAUAAUAAAUAUUUUAUACCCCUAUAUUUAUCCCUUUACGGAAACAAGUUUUAAAGAUGUACAUAUACACGACAGGAGAUGCACAACAUGACUCGAGAACAUGUAAAAAGGUAUCACUUAUUUAGUUUAUUCCAAAAAUGUAGCAUAGUGUAUCGAAGGACAAAAUUAAUGAAACUGAACUUUUGAAAAUUAAAUCUAAUAUUGCAUUUUAUAACAUCUGAAAUUUACUACCAUUUUUCUUGUUUAGAUUAUCACUCUUAGUACAUCUGCUUUUAUUGUUAUAAAAAUGUUCUUGACAUAAUAUUGUAUGCUCAAGCAUUAGCAGUCAUUAGAAAUUGUCAUCAUCAUCUGUUAGUGUUAGAUUUGGUUUUAGUAAAAGUAAUAUCCCAGUGUGUUAUAUGCAUCUAAGUGAAUCAAUAAUAUUGUUAAAGGAGGAAAGCAAUGUAAAUACAUUUUUUAUUUAGCAUAUGAUAAACAUGGUCCAAACCCUAAAUCUUUUUAUCUCCUACCUUUCUAAUUUGAGGGGACUAUAGAUUUUGUCUUCGUCCUUCUGUUUGUCUGUCUGUCUGUCUGUCUAUCCAUCUGACCCUCACAUGGUUUUCUGAACUUUUUUCCUCAAGAUAUUGAGCUGAAAUGUGGAUAACUUUAUCAUGUACUGUUACAGAUAAGUUUGACUUUCAAGGCGAUUUACCCUUUUUUUUAAAGAGUUAUGGCCCUUGAACUUAGGAGAUACAAAUAUUUGUUGGACCUGGUAGGGUAAAUAUAUUGCUUUAGCAGUAAUCUCAGAAUGCUUGUUGAACCUAACCGCUUGUUCCUUGCCUUUGCUUUGUAGAUUUGCAUGAAUAUUUACCUUUUAUUUAUGCUGACUUUGAAAUGUUUCAUGUAUACUGAUGGAAAGAAAUAAGGGAACACAUGGUAUUUUAGACCAAAUUUAAUUCACUACUAGCGUAGUAAUGUCUGUAUUUCAUACCAAGUUGUAAUGUGCGAUUGAAUGUCUGUAGUGUUGAAUGUACUGCCUAUAUGUUCCAGUCAACUUCUGACAAUAUGAAUUUAUUUUUGAUGCAGUCAUUAUUUCUUGUUGCUAUCUGUGUGAUCCUUUAUUUCUUUCCAUCAGUAUAUAAAAGAGGCCUAGUUUGCCAUUAUUAAUAUUGGAUUGAAGUUGUGUGUCCAAUUAUUGUUACUGGGUAUCAGGUCUUUUUCUCUUUCUUUUUUUCCUUCUUUUUUUGGCAUGUCUAUAUGUAGACCAAUGGUUCAUGGGGAUAUUUAAGCAAGCAUGUUUUUAGUGGGGGUUGGGGGUGGGGAGGAGUUUGAGGAUAAAUUUGCUAUCAUGAGUGUCCUGCUGGCAGGAAUAUUUAUUGUUAUUUUACAGUCUAUUAGAUGGCUUUUCUGAUAUUCUGUGGUAGCACUAUUUUCCAUUAUUAUAUUAAUUCGUACUUUUCUAUUAAGUAACGAGAUUCAGUAAGUGCAUAGUCCAUUUCUUAGUCAAUCAAAUGCAAUAUACAAGUCGCUGUGCUAUUGUGAUUAUUAUGUUGAUUUUUUUAUGAUGUAUCUCGUUUUGUUUAAGAUAACUUUGUGUUAUUUUCCUCAAGACAGUUCACAUUUAAGACUGUACAGUAGUUACAAUAAACAUUUUAAAUUAUA